CUCCAUCUUCACCACAACACACUCUGGCUUCCUUGCAACGCACACUAGCACACAGUCAAAUCAAAGUCUCUCACAAUGUCCGACGCCGAAGAGACCGCCUCAAACCCAGUGUCCGAACCCCUCGAUCUGGUGCGCCUCUGUCUCGACGAGGUCGUGAGCGUCAAGCUGCGGGGCGAUCGCGAACUGAAAGGACGGCUUCAUGCCUAUGAUAGUCAUUGCAACCUCGUUCUCGGAGACGUCGAGGAGACUAUCUACAUAACAGAGGAGGAUGAGCACGAGCAGGAAGUCCAGAGGAUAAUCAAGAAGCAAUCGGAGAUGCUGUUUGUUCGAGGAGACUCGGUCGUCCUGAUAUCGCCCUUCCAAUGAACGUUACGAUCGCGGAAUUCACCGUCGCAGUUGCUACACGAAAGAUUGGAGUGCAUGAAGGAUAUGACAUUUUUGUACAUGCCUGUUUGGCGUCAGAUACCCCACCAAGUGAUAUGAAAGGUCUGGGAGGAGAUUGACGACCAGGUUUGCAAUGACGGCACGGAAUAUUGUGGAACACGCAUAGUCUUCACGGCGUCCUUGGAUUGGAGCCCAUCUGGAGCAGCAUUCACACGAUCACACCAUAACACCAGUUGAAGUAGUCUCAAACAAUUCAAGGCUUGAUUCUACGCAAUUUACUCUUUUGGAAGUGCGCAAGCAAAAACAAAGACCCGCGCUGUCGCUCAAGAACGCAAUCAGUCACUCCAUCUAUGGCGCCAUCGGCAAGGAGAAAAAGUGGAAAAGGGAAUGCCGCUUGAUUCGCAGCGACGGGAAUUAGCCAGGUAGUCAUCUAAUCGUAGCCUCGUGA